CAAUAAGUGUUGAUAUGCGCGCUGUGGUUGUCAGGGGGGAGGCUGCGCGUCCGCCCGCGCGCUCAUUCAUGGUCAGAUGGAGCAGUUGCGUGUUGGUGAGCUGCGGACACGAACCGUCGCGCGCUGAAUGUUUGGUUUUGAUUUUGGCGGCGGCGGCAGGUAGAACCCCCCCUCCUCCUCUUCCUCCCUCCUCCUCUGAUCCCUCGGUGCGUGCGGGCGUUCGUGACUGGUGCGUGCUGUGCGGGAUUGACUGGGAGGUACAAGUUGGAGGAGACUGCGAGGAGUUUUUUUUUUUUUUGCUCUUUUUUUUUUUUUUUUCUUUGCAAGACGCGCCAAUGAGAGCAUCACUUCAGGACCACGGACAGAUCCCAACAGCUGCCCGCCAAACAUGCCCAAAGUCGGCCGCAUCUGGAUUGUGAUCUUCUCCUGAAGCUCGUGUGUGAGGUCUGCUGACGCGCGAGGAGGAUCUGCAGAGACAGCCGCGCGGGAACGCAACAUCAAAACGGAACAUGCUGUUCAGACUGAGAGAGAGCCUAAAUGUAAACUCCCCCCAGACUGAGUGAACCUCCAUCUGCCUCUUCAUUACUGAACUCCUUCCUGCUACCUGAUCUUACCAUGCUGCAAACAGUGCUCUGUGGGACCCCCUCUGCCCACUUCUGGCCCCUCCACAUGUUCAUGUUGGACCUGCUGAUACCAGGAGUUCUGCCGAGCAUGUCCAGACUGCCGCCUGCGGCCAAGCGCGAAAUCAUCAUGGACGGCGACUUGGUGAUCGGAGGCCUGUUCCCUGUGCACGAAAAGGGCGACGGGACGGAGGACUGCGGGAAGAUCAACGAGGAGAGAGGGAUCCAGAGGCUGGAAGCGAUGCUGCUGGCGCUGGAUGAGAUUAACGCCAGCGAUCGCAUCCUCCCCGGACUCCAGCUGGGCGCCCACAUCCUAGACACCUGCUCCAAGGACACCUACGCUCUGGAGCAGUCUCUAGAUUUCGUCAGGGCGUCCCUCACCAAGGUCCACGAUCCGGGCUUCAUCUGCCCCGACGGCUCCAGGCCCAUCCAGAAAGAGGUCCCACUGGCCAUCUCUGGGGUUAUAGGAGGAUCGUACAGCGAUGUGUCAAUUCAGGUGGCCAACCUCCUGCGUUUGUUCCAGAUACCUCAGAUCAGCUACGCCUCCACCAGUGCAAAGCUCAGCGACAAAACCCGCUACGACUACUUCGCCCGCACCGUCCCCCCUGACUUCUACCAGGCCAAAGCCAUGGCUGAAAUCCUGCGCUACUUCAACUGGACCUAUGUGUCGACGGUCGCAUCAGAGGGGGACUACGGCGAGACCGGCAUCGACGCCUUCCAGCAGGAGGCUCGCACUCGCCAGAUCUGCAUUGCCACCUCGGCUAAAGUGAGCCGCUCCAUGAACCGGCAGGGUUACGAGAAUGUGAUCCGCGCCCUCCAGCAGAAGUCUAACGCCAAAGUGGUCCUCCUGUUCACCCGCAGUGAGGAUGCGCGCGAGCUGCUGGUGGCGGCCGCUCGAAUGAACGUCAGCUUCACCUGGGUGGCCAGUGAUGGAUGGGGCGCACAGGAGAGUGUGGUGAGGGGCAGCGAGAUGGCAGCAGAUGGGGCUUUCACCCUAGAACUGGCGUCCUACCCAAUCAGAGAGUUCGAGGACUACUUCACCAAACUGAACCCGUACACCAACACCAGGAACCCGUGGUUCAGGGAGUUCUGGGAGCACAAGUUUGCCUGCAGGCUGGAGGAGCACGGCUGCAGUGAUCGCAGCCUGCGAGACGGAACGUUUGAGCAGGAGUCAAAGAUCAUGUUUGUUGUGAAUGCCGUCUAUGCUAUGGCCCACGCUCUGCACAACAUGAGGCAAGCUGUGUGCUCCAACAUGUCUAAGGUGUGUGAUGCCAUGAAACCAGGAAAUGGAAGAAGAUUUUAUAAAGAAUUCAUCCUGAAGACGAAGUUUGAAGCUCCGUUCCGACCCGCUGACACAGACAGCAUGGUCCGCUUUGACUCCUUCGGCGAUAGCAUCAGCCGCUACAACAUCUUUCACUACCACAAAGAGGAGGGAAAGUUCACCUACAAGAAAGUUGGCUACUGGGACCAGAUCCUGACCCUGAACACCUCCCUCAUACCCUGGCGGGGGCUUGUUCCUCCAACCUCGCAGUGCAGCGACCCCUGCAGGAAGAACGAGGUGAAGAGCAUGCAGCCCGGAGACGUGUGCUGCUGGAUCUGCAUCCCCUGCCAGCCCUACCAGUAUCUGCAGGACGAGUUCACGUGUGCUGACUGCAGCUUCGGUCAGUGGCCGCUGGCUAACUUGACUGGCUGCUACGAGCUGCCUGAAGAGUACAUUCGUUGGGAGGACGCCUGGGCGAUCGGGCCCGUCACCAUCUCCUGCCUCGGCAUCCUGUGCACCCUGUCGGUGGUGGGGCUGUUUCUGAAGCAUAAUGAAACUCCUGUGGUCAAAGCGAGCGGGCGAGAGCUCACCUACAUCCUCUUGCUGGGAGUGUUGAUGUGCUACAGCAUAACCUUCAUCUACAUCGCCAAACCUUCCACCGCGGUCUGCACGCUGCGGCGCCUCGGCCUAGGCACCUCCUUCGCCGUGUGCUACUCCGCCCUGCUCACUAAGACCAAUCGCAUCGCUCGGAUCUUCAGCGGGGUGAAGGAUGGAGCUCAGCGGCCUCGCUUCAUCAGCCCCGCCUCCCAAGUAGCCAUAUGUGGCGCUCUCAUUUCCUGCCAGCUGCUGGUGGCUGUGAUCUGGCUGCUGGUGGAGGUGCCGGGUGUUCGGAAGGAGGUGACCCCGGAUAGGAGGAACGUGGUCACUCUCAAGUGUAACAGCAGAGACACCAGCAUGCUCAUGUCGCUCACCUACAACUGCAUCCUCAUCAUCCUGUGCACCGUUUACGCUUUCAAGACCAGAAAGUGCCCCGAAAACUUCAACGAGGCCAAGUUCAUCGGGUUCACCAUGUACACCACCUGCAUCAUCUGGCUCGCCUUCCAGCCCAUCUUCUACGUGACUGCCAGUGAUUACAGGGUGCAGACCACCACGAUGUGCAUCUCUGUAAGUCUGAGCGGUUCUGUAGUUCUCGGCUGCCUCUUCGCCCCCAAAAUCCACAUCAUCCUGUUCCAGCCUCAGAAGAACGUGGCCACGCUCCGAGUCACAGCCAACCGCUUCAGUGCCACAGUGUCCACGUCUGCAUCCGCUCCCAGCUCAAGCUACUCGAAAGGAUCUGCCUCCAACUAUGUACCAGCUGUCUGUAACGGGCGCGAAGUGGUCGACUCCACGACGUCGUCUUUGUAAAAUAUCGGAGUUCCUGGUCCGAGCACAGGCGCAUUCUUUCAUCGGCGAGGCUGCAGAGAUGACUGCCGGGUCGGACCGCACCGCCGCCGCAGCAGCAGCAGCAGCACAUUGGACUGUGGAAGUUAACUUUGUUUCCAUGUCAAACAGUAACUGUAAAGCCUUUUUGUAUAGAUUUUAAACGCUGUGAUCUCCUUGGUUUACAGAUAGAUGUGAUUCCAUGCACUGUGCCUUGUCCUCCAAGAGUCUCGUUAAAUGAGUGGUUGUGAAGCAAUAGUGUAAUUUACAAAAAAAAAAAAAAGUUUUCUUGUCUUAACAGUGGUGUGAAUAUAUCCAAUGUUUUAGACAUUAAAGUUGUGAUAAAUGUAGCCCUUAAUAAUUGAAACAUCUGACUAACCUCAGUGAACGGUGACGCUAGAACCUAUAAAAGAAUUCUGUUUGUGUCGACUGGUAUUUCAUUGUGUGCUUUCUUGGACUUUGUGUAAAUACGUUUUUUUGUAUUAAAAAAACAAAUUCCAUUCAGACUAAUUUGGAAAUUCUUUACUCCAAAGAGCUGUU